ACGGGGAAAAGAAACCGCCCAUCACACACCCCAGCACACCAGCCCAGGAAACUUAUAACCUCGGGAGUCAGGUCCCUCCCCUCACUGUGGUCGCAAACCUCCUGAAGAGCAGACCAGACCAGCUGCCAGCUCCAGCACCCAGGGCAUCUGCCUCUUUCACUGGAUACUCCAGAAUUCUCUACUUAGAAGUCACUGAAAAGCCAAGAUGUUGGUGCUACUGGCUGGUCUCUUUGUGGCUCACACCGCCACUGCCAUUAUGCUCUUUGUCUCCACCAUUGCCAACGUCUGGAUGGUUGCAGAUAAUGUAGAUGCAUCUAUAGGGCUUUGGAAGAACUGCACUGGUGGCAAUUGUGAUGGCUCUCUGGACUAUGGCAAUGAAGAUGCUAUCAAGGCAGUGCAAGCUUUCAUGAUCCUCUCCAUCAUCUUCUCUGUAAUCUCCCUGGUGGUCUUCGUGUUCCAGCUCUUCACCAUGGAGAAGGGAAACCGUUUCUUCCUCUCAGGGUCUACCAUGCUGGUGUGCUGGCUGUGUAUCCUGAUUGGAGUGUCUAUCUAUACUCAUCAUUACGCCCACAGCGAAGAGAACUUCCUCAGCAGCAGUCACCAAGGCUAUUGUUUCAUCCUGACCUGGAUUUGUUUCUGCUUCAGCUUCAUCAUCGGCAUACUCUAUAUGGUCCUGAGGAAGAAAUAAGCUGAAUAAAGCUUACGGGCAUCUGGGGGUGGGGGUGGGGUGGGGAGGAGGAAGCAACUUAAUCUGGGAGGGAAGCAGAAGUCAUUCUGUAGGAAUAAGAGAUGGGAGGGGGGAGGGGAGGGGGAAGAAAGAAUGGGAGAGGCCCAAACCCAAACCAUAUCUGGGGGGUGGGAUUCUCUACUGCUAAGCACCCAUCCUUGAAAGAAAGUUGUUGGCUACUAUGCUAAUGCUUCCUUGAGGCCACCAGAGAGUCCUCCUCUAGCCACCAAAUAUGGCCCCGUCUAUCCUCAAUUACACACACUUGGGGCCUCACCAGCUGUCAUUCCACUGGCACCAGUCUUAGGGUGACAGCAGGGUCACACACUAAGGUCUUCCAAAUUCAUAUCAUCAAGUUCUGACAGUGGUACAAGUCCUAGCAAGAGCAGAUACGGCCUCUGUGCUGAGGCUAAGCCUGGAAGCCACCUUGUUCUUGUGACCUAAAACCAAACAUCAAAUCCAGAUCCCAAGUGCCUCUAGUGGGACCUUUGGCCAGAAAGCCAAUGUCCAUAUUUGGUGGCCUUUCUGGCAAAACUGUAGAAAGAGAGAGGUUUAUAAGGUCAAGUUGAUGGAAUUGGUUUAACCAAGAAAUAGAAGUUGUUACCCCAGAGGAUCUGGGAGACAGGUGGGGAUAGGCAGAGCUCCUCAGUCAUGCUUCACUGAGCUGUCCCCCAUGGAGGUCUCCUGUUGUGGACUCUGCUGGACUCUCACUUAAAGCCAAGGCAGCUUUUCUGGAGUUUUUCUAGAUUCUCUAGAGCCAAAGAUGAAAAUGCCCCACAAACUGUAGGGUCAAAGCACAUGUCCACCACAGUGCUAUAGUAAGAUUGUGGGUUUUUAGGAUUCCCCCAAUGCACCCAAUGUAUCUUGUAAAUGUAAUGAAAAAGAUGCAUAUGUCCUUUUGCCAUACAAUUCUGUUAAGCUUCCUCUGAAUUAGGAACAUUUGAGGAAGUCUAAUGAUGACUGACAUAACACUGGGGACUAGAACAUAACACCUAAAUGCAGUGGUCACUGUAGCUUUGGCUUGGGUUGGAGUUGUCUCCUCUCAACAGCUUUCAACACACCAUUUUCCAGCUAAAUAUGGCAAUUCUGUAAGCCAAUUAAAAUAUAUACCAACCUAAAGUAAAGAAUAAGUCCUGGGGAUGCGGGGGAAGGUGCUAUCUGGUUAUGGAGUAUUAAGUAUACCAUAUUUCAUUUAUCUUAAAAACAGAGUGCCUGCUCUCAGGAAAAAAAUGUAAUUUUGUGAGAUGAAUAAAGUCCUCGUGAUGGGCAGACAGUUUCUUUCUUAAAACAGGAGAAACUCUUAGGGUAUCCAGUCAGAUGGUAGCUAAAUUGUUGAGGCUACAGGGGUUUUCCUAUAGAAGACUUAGAGGUAGUAUAUCUCAGAUUUCUGCCUUAAGGGGCUUUAUUUUGAGAAAUAGUUUUUUUUUUUUUUUAAUUGCCCUUAGAAGAUCAUCCCCAGGAAGAGUCUGAGAUAUCUUUUCUAUGUUUCUUUUCCUAGGAAUAUUCUUAUCCAUUUCUUAUAUACACUUCUUUGGGGGGGGAGUUGUUAUGCUACAGUUGCUGGUAUUUAUGUAAAGGGACCAUUACUAAGUAUAUUUCUCUAGUGUAUUAUGUUUAAGGGAAUGUUCAAGAUAGGUUACUAAAUUGCUGGGCUGAUGGUAGUGAUACUGGCCAGAAAAGUUAUAAUAAAUUCUUAAAUUAUAAUUUGAUUACCAUACAUUAGUUUUAGGCUACCAUAUGUUCAUAAGAAUAUCAACAGACAUCGAUAGCCAGAAAAAAGAUAGUCACAUUUUGUUAAAAAGUUGAAUUAUGACUGGAGUGAACUGUGCAUUCCCUUGUCUUUUACUGUUUUUUUUUUUUCUUUGACAUUUAUGUCUCAUGUAAUUUGCAUUGCAUUGGUGGGUUAUUCUAGUACUGUAUUUGGCUUCUUCAUUAAUAGGAUAUUUCAUAUACUAUAAUUGUAAAUAUUUUGAUACAAAUGUUUAUAACUCUAGGGAUAUAAAAACAAAUUCCGAUUCUCUA